GGCUGCUGGGCAGUGCUUUGUACUACGGCCGACCUGUCGACAUCUUUCACAUCACUCCUAUUCUUAUUGUUUUUUUUUUGGCAUCGUCGCCAAUCAUUUUCUGUUUCACUUCAAAGGCUGCCUAUUUAUUAAGCCUACCUAUCCUCAAUGUCGACUCCAUCUCCCACCCCUCCAACGCCAAAGGGCCCCCGGAAUAAUCGGCGCAACCCAAAGAAGAACAUGACCCCCGCUGCCCAGAAAGUCGCUAUAUUAGCAACCCCUCCAUCGUCGCCGCCGAGGAACUUGAGUCCUGGAGGAACCGCCACCGAUUCCUCAAUCAAUGUCAAUGCAUCCAAGAAGAAGCAUGGCCGGUCCGGCAAAAAGACGCGCGAGGCGCCGAAAGCAUCCCCGGCAUCCAAGGGGCAUCGCCACACCUCAUCUCAACCUAAUAACAUCAUUGCCACCCCUCAAGUGAAGGACAGCCCUCAUUACGCAGGCCCGACCUUUCACGCGUCCCCAGCUCCGUCGGCACUACCAAUCCCCAGUUUCUUCUCCAAAUCUCUCCCAGAGUCGGAUCUCGCGCCAGCUUUGGAAUCCGAUGGUGACAAUCUCGAUAUUGGGCCGGAUCUCGAUAAUACUCCCUCUAAACCGAAGCCACGCCCCCAAGUCCAGGAGGAGGAGCGUCAAUCCACCCCAUUAGAUUUUCUCUUCAAAGCUGCAGUUGAGGCCAGAAACUCACAGCAGCAACAAAGCCCCGAAGCAAGCAUUCGAAUCCGGUCGCCGCAGACCGAUUCCAAGACCCUUCAGCACCGUAAACCCAAUGGCACUGCUAGUGGGCUAUUCCGGCUGGAGAUGGAAAGCCCGGAGUUCCAAAACUCGCAGAUAGGGCCGUCAUUUGCGACUUCUUAUAAGGACCGUAUGAACGCGCUACGAUCGGCCAGUUCAUCUUCCUCUUCUGUGUGCGAGCUAGAUGAGCAGCAGAAAAGAGAGAAAACCGAAGCUUUGAAAUCUUUGCUGCUCAACCCUCGUCCCCAAAGGCCAUCUUCUGCAUCUUUGGUGGUUCCAGGCCAAGGCGAUGGGGCGAUGGGGCGACCGACUCCGGAUCCCAAUGUACCUCACUUUGCAACCCCUGUGAGGACGACCUCGGGUCCGCCGGCCCCUCUUUCGCAUGGCAUGUCGUAUGAUCAGAAACAGACAUUUGUUGGGAACGGCCGACAUUUUUCAUCAUCGUAUACACACUCGAAUGCACACCAGCAAUUCUAUUCUCAGAAUUCUCCCUUGAGGAAAGAAGUUUUUACAUCGAAAGCUGAAAACUUCCCUGCCGUUUACGGGGAAACCUUCUAUCCUCCAACUGCUUAUGAGCAGCCUAAGUCUCCACCUAAGUAUGCGCAAUACCCUAUGUAUUAUCCUCCCCCGCACCAUCAAUCUCCCGUUUCAAGGAGCGUGUCGAUGAGCACCAACGCGCCGGCCUAUGACACGAAAAAGAUGGAAGAUGAUCUACGGAGGAUUUUGAAACUCGACGUGAGCCCCGCAAUGCCAUCAAGCGGCAUGCAAAGCUCUUUCGCUUAAGGCAUUUCUUAUUCACGCUCCAAAGCUCUUUUUUAUUCUAUUCUCACUCCACACGUUCGUUUUAUUAUAUCAAUAUAUUACAGGGGUACAGUCUGGACGAACAAUGCUUGAGCGCACAUCGGACCCUGCGAAUCAAUGCUUCGCAUGGCUCUCAUCUUUAUUGGACUGUUCCAAUUCUCACAUCAAUUCCUAAUCAUUUGCCCUCUAUGCCCUAUGUUAUGUUUGCUGGUGACGAACUGUUUCUUGGUCUUAUCCUGGUGUUCUCCGUGGUUCCGUGUUGGUGGCGGCUGUCCUGAUGAUUGAAGGAGAUUAUCUAUCCCCUUAAGUUGUCUUUGUACCCCUAUUUGCAUUGAACCCGGAGUCCGGUUACCUUUCGUGUACCCAUUUCGGGACUGUUGGUUUGGCGAAGUUCCUUGAUAACUACGAAUAUCCGUGGUACCGCUCGUUGAUGUCUUUAGUGUCUAUUCUUUCUGUUGUCCCGCUUGAUGC